AUGAACCCCUCUGUUGUGGCUGCCCACAAGAGGAUUGGACUUCUCCAAAAGUUCAACAAAUGGCAAGGGAAAGCCAUUGAGAAGAUGCAAAAGUCCAUGGACAAGAUGGUGAGCAAGAUCAAAAGUUUGGAGAAGAAGGUUUCUGGUUCUUCAAGCAAGAAGAAGAAGUCCAAGGCCCCACUUUCCCUAGGAGUAGUCACUCUCACCACUCCAAGGAGGCUCCUACCCAAGAGCCUCACAGAGCCUCUUCUUUCGAGCCAAGGGAAGGAGAAGACAACACGCAGAGAAGGAGGAAGACUUCCAAGGCCAGACGCUCCAGCUCGACCACCGGACUCGAUCGAGUCCAAACAGAGGAAACUCAACUCGAUCGAGCUGAGGUCGAGUUGA